AUGUCGCUCUACCACGAGACUGCAUCAGUUCUCGAUGGCGACGCAGCUGCUGGUGGAAACCUGCGCUCUCGCGUCUUCAACAGCAGAGAUCUAAAGUCGCCCCGAGGUCAGGUGUAUGCUCUGGCAGUGGAGUCAUGCAAAUGGUCAUCGAUCCUGUCUGAGGUCAUUGAUCACGCGCAGCUGCUUAAACACGAGAGAAAGCUCACGCCUGUUCUCUCGCUGCUGUUGGUGCACGACUUUCUGCUGGCAAAAGGCGGCAUCGCCCUGCCAGCGUCGCACGGUCUGCGGGCCACAAUUGAACGUCACAGGUCUCGCCUGACGGCAGAGUUCAGCCGUGCCAGGAUACGCAGGAAAUGCUCUUCCGUGGAGGCCCUGACCGAACAUGUUGAGGCGUCUUUGCACUCGAGGAGCCAACAUCCUCGAUGGGUCCGGAUCAACACCUUGAAGUCUACCCUGGAUGAGCAGCUGGCCACCACCUUCGAGACUUACCAGAGGACAGACUCGAUCCCCAAGGUUCUGGAGGGGACAGGCAAGCUCAUCUACGUCGACGAGCAUAUCCCGGACCUUGUGGCCGUUCCCCCUCGGUUUGACUUUGCGAAAUGCCAGGCCUAUAAAUCAGGUGCCAUCAUCCUUCAGGACAAAGCCUCUUGCUUCCCAGCCUACCUGCUCGACCCACAGACCGAGGAUGGUAGUGUUAUUGAUGGUUGUGCCGCGCCGGGCAAUAAGACGACGCACCUGGCGGCAAUCAUCAGAUCACGGAGCCACGAGCCAGGGCCGCAUGCCAGCAUCUAUGCUUUCGAGAAGGACGCAAAACGCGCCAAGACUCUCGAAAAGAUGGUCAAGACGGCCGGUUCGGACGACUUUACACAGAUUUACCAGGGGCAGGACUUCCUCAAAGUUAAGCCUUCGGACGAUAAGUACCGCAAGGUCGGGGCGAUCCUCCUAGAUCCGAGCUGUUCUGGGAGUGGUAUUGUCGGCCGCGACGACAUGCCAGAUCUGCAUCUUCCGACAGCUAUAGCAGCAGCAGCAGCAGCAAAAGGACAGGGGAGAGCAUCAAAGGAUGUCGCAGGCGCUACGUCCAAAAAGCGGAAACGGCAGGGCGACGACGAUCUGGAAUCCGAGAAAGUCUUGAUUGACGACGAUGGGAAUACGACUGUGGCAGUCUCGGAAAAGGACCUCCAGGCACGGCUGAAGGCACUCGCAGACUUCCAACUUACCAUACUUCUGCACGCCUUCAGCUUUCCGGCCACGCGAAAAAUCACAUAUUCGACCUGCUCCGUCCAUGCGGAGGAGAACGAGCUUGUGGUCCUGAAAGCCUUGCAAUCAGAUAUUGCACGGCAGCGCGGAUGGCGUGUGCUGCCUCGGGAGUCUCAAGUGAGCGGGAUGCAAGCAUGGCCGGUUCGCGGUCAGGCCGAUGCCUGCGAUGGGAACAGCGAGGUGGGCGAAGCCUGCAUCCGCACCUACAAGGACGAUGGCCGUGGCGUCAUGGGUUUCUUCGUGGCUGCUUUCAUACGCGACGGCAGUAGUGACGAUGAGACCUUCAUACCACCUUCGAGGAAGUCUAAGAAAGCAUCGCCGAGAGGGGGCGAUCUGUCUAUCGACCCGCCGUUACUUGACGUGGCUGAGUCGGGUAUCGAUGAGCAUGGAGUGGAGCCAGCAGCGGACUUGCAGGGUGAAAGUGACUGGGAUGGCUUUGACGACUGA